GGGAGGGGUGUGCCGGGCGGCAUCGGGGAAGCUGCUCGGGUGCAGGGCCUGUGUCUAGCAUCCUCCUCCCGGGUGCGCCCCGCGAGUCGAGUCCCCCGCGCGCCCCGCUCUAAAGUAAACACGGCCGAGAGGACCGGUGCCGCCUGCUCUCUGUCCGGCUGCAGCCGGCCCGAGCCAUGGCGGAGGCGGUGCCGGUCUCCCCUGCGGGCGGCCGCGGCCUGCACCGGGGCAUCAUCCAGUGGCUGGUUGACAAUUUCUGCAUCUGCGAAGGGUUCAGCGUGCCUCGCUGUCUUAUGUAUGAGAUUUAUGUGGAGACCUGUGGGCAGAGCGCCCAGAACCAAGUCAAUCCAGCGACAUUUGGGAAGCUCGUGCGCCUGGUUUUUCCUGAUCUGGGCACCCGGAGGCUGGGCACCCGAGGAAGUGCCAGGUACCACUAUGAUGGCAUCUAUAUCAAGAAAAGUUCCUUUUUCUACUCUCAUUACUGCUACCUCCUGGGUAAAAAAAGCUGUCACAGUGGCAAUGCCGUCGCCUUUGGAAAACCUCCUGACUGUAACAGCGUUACCCAGCAGGACACUUGUGAAAAUCACUCACCAAUAAAGAUGGACCCGAUGGGCUCGACGGUGUCUCCGUUCCGAAGGUGCCCGUUCUGGGAGCAAGAGCUGGCAAACAAGUACUCCUGCAAGCUGGUGCUGUUUCUGGCGGAUGAGUACUGCAACUACUGCCGGGACAUUUUACAGAACGUGAGGAACCAGGAACUGGAGAAGGUGGAGGACCUGAUCACAGCCUUCUGGAAGUCUCUACAGCAGGACACCGUCAUGCUCAUGUCCCUGCCCGACGUGCGCCAGCUCUUUGGGUGCUACGACAUGCAGCUGUACAAGGGCCUGGAGGACAUGCUCCUUCCCGACUUCCUGGAGGAUGUCAGUAUCCAGUACCUGAAGUCUGUGCGGCUGUUCAGUAAGAGACUCAAACUGUGGCUUCUCAAUGCUCUGGAAGGCUUCCCGGCCAUCUUACAGCUCUCCAAACUCAAAGAAGUCACUGGAUUUGUCAAGAGGCUCAGGAGAAAGACAUACCUUUCCAACAUGGCAAAGACGAUGAAAAUGGUCCUGAAGAACAGCCGGAGAGUCGGCCUCUUGAAGUCGGACCUGCGCGCCAUCAUCAGCGAGGGCACUCUGGAUAUUUCCAAGAAGGUCCUGGCGGGGGACUCGGGCCGUGAAGAGGAGCUGGAAAGCCGCACAGAGAUGAAAUGCUUGGGCUGUUUGAUUUCUUUGCUGGAAACCUCAACAGACCUUGCUGAGCUCCUGAACUGUGUGUCUUCCAACCUCCAAGCACUUGUCUUCCAGCCAAGCAAGAGCAAAGAGGAGUUUAUGAAGCUGGCGGCCAGCUUCCAACUAAAAUGGAAUUUCCUUCUCACGGCUGUGAGCAAAGCCAUGACCCUGAGCCACCGAGACAGUUUUGGCGCCUGGCAUCUGUUCCACUUGCUACUGUUGGAGUAUGUGAUUCACAUCCUGGAGUCAUGCAUAGAAGAAGAGGAGGAAGAGGAGGACCUGGGGAGUCUCCAGGACUUGCUGUCGGAUGACCAGUUUCUCGCCCAGCCAGACCAGGCCCUUUUCCACCCUCUAGAUUCUUUGCCAACAUCGGAGUGUGCAAGCCGGAGUGUGGAGUCACCCCAGGUGACACUAAAACACAUGAGCCAGAGCUGUAGUCCCAUGGGGGCCGUGGGCAGCAUGGUUCUCCAGGUGCUGGGCUUCCUGGUGGACACCGCCACAGGAAAUAAGCUCAUCCAGGUGCUGCUAGAAGACAAGGCCACGGAAAGCGCGAUCAAACUCAGCCUUCCUGUGGGACAAGAGGCCCUCAUAACCCUGAGCAACGGCCAGAGAUUUGUGAUUCACAUAUCAGAUGUGCUCCAAAGCUCGGAAAAUACUUACUGCAGGGAAAGCAGCGCGAAUACGCCAGGUGGACUGUUGGAGUGAGGUCUGAGGAAACAGGCUUGAGUUCUUAAAAUAGGUAUUAAAUCCUAAAACUUUUGUAUUGAUCUGAGAUUUUAUGUAUAUAAUAGA